AUGGAAGAAUUUAAAAACGUUAAGGGUUUUCCAGGCGUUAUUGGGGCUAUUGACGGUUCUUUUAUAAAGAUACGAGCUCCUAAAAAAGAUGCAGCUUCUUACAUCUGUAGAAAAAAUUAUCAUGCUAUUCAUCUCCAAGCUGUGUGUAAUGCUCGAAGUCUAUUUACUCAUUGCUAUGCUGGGCAUGUAGGCUCUGUACAUGAUGCACGAGUUUUUAGAAACUCUCCUAUAGCUGAGUUCAUCGAGAACCCAUAUGAGUAUUUCCCUUCAGAUUCUCACCUUCUUGGAGAUUCAGCAUACACAUUGCAUUCGCAUGUUAUAGUACCAUUUAGAGAUAAUGGACACCUUACCGUAAAGCAAAAGAAUUUUAAUUAUUGUCUCUCAUCUACUCGCAUGGCCAUUGAAAGAGCCUUUGGGCUUUUGAAAAUGCGAUUUAGAAUUUUACUUGAUUGUCUACCUCACCAAUAUCAUCAAGAUACCGCAAUUUAUCAUUGCUUGUUGUGUAAUACACAACAUCUGCAUACUGCAGAAUGACAUGAUGGAUAUUAUU